GUAGCCCUGUGGAACCUCUCGGCUUCCGUUGAGCAUGAGCAAGAUGGCAGCCUCCGAGACGGUUAGGCUACGGCUUCAAUUUGACUACCCGCCGCCGGCCACGCCGCACUGCACGGUCUUCUGGCUUCUGGUGGACCUGAACAGAUGCCGAGUUGUCACGGAUCUCAUCAGUCUCAUCCGCCAGCGCUUCGGCUUCAGUUCCGGGGCGCUCCUGGGCCUCUACCUGGAAGGGGGGCUGCUGCCCCCGGCCGAGAGCGCGCGCCUGGUGAGAGACAACGACUGCCUCAGGGUUAAGUUAGAAGAUGGAGGACUCCCUGAGAAUCUGGUCGUAAGCAAUGGUGGCGACUCUCAUUUUGUACCCAGAAAAGCGAAGAAGCGGGCUUUUAAGUUGGUGGAGGAUGAAGAGACGGAACUGGGUUCCAAGUACUCAAAGAAGCCCUGGAAAAAGCAGGAGGAGGGCCAUAGUGAGAAGGCCUUGGGCCCGGAAACAAAACAGGUUCCAGAUGAGAUGGGGAGGGCGAGAAACAAGAGAAAGAGCAAAGUGACCGGCAGCCCAGCAGAGGGGGAGGAAGAGGAGGCCAAAAAGAAAUCACCAAAAAGAAAGGAGAAAAGUGAACAUAAGAAGCAGACCAAGGCCUCCAAGUCUUCCAAAACACCAGCGCCCAAGGAGUGGAGCCCACAGAACUUCAGCUCGCCCAGGGGCUCCCCCAGGGGCUCCCCCAAGGGCUCCCCGAAGGGCUCCCCCAAGUGCUCCCCCAGGAGCAGCCUUACUAAAGCCCGGAGGAAAAGCAACGCGGGACCCAAAGGGAGCCCAGCCUACCUGUCAGAGUCGGAUUCUGGUCCAGAGUCAGUCGGUGCUGACCACUGCGGUGUCACAGUGCAGGGGGGCACCUUUUCAGAGAAACUGUCAGCUGAGCUGUUGAAAGAUGGGCCUGCUACAAAAACUGCAGCUGCCACCAGACAGGCCUCAAAGCCUGCCUUCACCUUCAGCUCUGGCAAGGGCAAGGCCGCCAGAACCUCGUCAUCCAGUUCAGACUCCAGUUCGGAGUCAGAGGACCAGUUUGUGGUGUCCAAGAACAUCCCUGAGGGCACGUCGGACUUCUUAAAGGCAGCAGGCCUCUUUGCAGGGCAAGGGUGUCCAGAGCUGAUGUUGCAGACUCCGGGAAUUAUGGGAUGGAAACCUUCUGACUCAAGCAGAGGCAGGCAAACUUCUCCCAGUGUGCCUGUCUCCACCAGUUUGGGAAGAGGAUGGGGACGAGGAGAGGACUUCUUGUUUGGGAAGGGACUGAGGGGCCGGGGUGUCCGGGGCCGAGGUCGAGGCCGAGGCCAUGCUAUCUCCUGUAUCUUAAAUAGAAGCUCUGAGAGCCAGAAGCAGAAACAGUUAAAUGACAUCCUAACGAACUCAUCCAUUGUGAUCCAGAAUCCUGUAGAGACACACAAGAAGGACUAUAGCCUGUUGCCACAGUUGGCAGCUGCCCCUCAAGUCGGCGAAAAGAUUGCAUUUAAGCUUUUGGAACUCACAUCGGACUACUCUCCUGAUGUCUCUGAUUACAAGGAAGGAAAAAUACUAAGCCACAACCCAGAGACCCAGCAAGUGGACAUAGAAGUCCUCUCGUCCUUACCAGCUCUGAAAGAACCCGGGAAGUUUGAUUUGGUCUAUCACAAUGAGAACGGAACCGAGGUGGUGGAGUACGCCGUGACGCAAGAGAGGAGGAUCAGUGUGCACUGGAAAGAAUUGAUUGAUCCAAGACUGAUUAUUGACUCUUCAAAUAGCAUCUCAAGUAAAUAGCUUGUCUGCACAUAAGCUCUGACCUCAUCACCUCGAAGUCUAUAAGUAUUGUUUGUGACCGUGACCAUAGCCUGGAGUUGUAAGAAGAAGAUUAAAUGUCGUUUGGACUCUCUGUUAUCUUCACUUUACCAUAUUAGAAAAAGAGAUCUACCUCAUCGUUUAGAGUGACAUGGGUGUUAGUUUGUGGACCUUUAUUUCCCUCGGGCUAAGUUCAGUAACCCAAUUGAAAGUGCGGUGUUCCCUGUGGGCGGACCAGUAUGGCAGGACGCUUGCCUCUCUUCCACCUGUCAGACCACAGUAGCAAUCGUCAGGAGGAGUUUACAGUACCACACGCAAGAUCGUGCUGUGCAUCUUGUUUUUUAAGUCACAUUUUCAAAUACGAAGGCAUGUUUCUUGACUUAAUUUUUUACCAUGUGAGUUGUUCCGUUAAGCCGGAGCAUCUCACGCAUUCCGAGUAUUUUAUACUUGUCAUCCUCAAGACUUAAUGGAGUUGGAUUUGUUGCAGGUGUGAGUUAAGGAAUCCUUUCCCAUUGUUCCAGCUGUAAAAUACAGGGUUCUCAGGGCCUGUGUGUGUAGAGGGCAGUGGGAAGACAACCUCGUAUUGCCUGGAGGACAAUUGGCCUCCCACUGCCAGAGGGCUGGCCAUGAACCUCAGACUAGGGGGCAAGUGACCUUGCCACCGAGGAUGCCGGGAGUCUUGGCUCAGUGUGCUGAAGUGAGGAUCUUGAACAGAAACUUGCUUUUCUGUUACUAUUCAGCAAAGCUAAAGGCUGAAUAUAAACUGUGCAAAUUGCUUUAACAAAAACUCAGAUCCCUCCUUCAGCUUUGCAAAUUUUUAAAUAAAAUCAUAUUGAACUCAA